GCGGUCACCAUGACAAUGUGCAUUAUAUUCCACAGUACGCGUUUAAAAGUUUGCUUUUUUAAAGAAAAGUUUGCGAUUAAACCCUCCGGUGCUCACCAGCCGCGGAAUAGUGUUAUAAAACAAAUCGUUGGUAAAAAAAAAAAUUCAGAUUUAACCAACAUGAAUUAUGAUUAAAUGGCUAACUGCUAGCUUGUCAGAGGAGACUUUUAACCUUUCCCGUGUGUUUGCGGACGAGAUGGUAACGUUACCUGGUCAAGAACAGACUGUCAGCAUCCCAAAUGUCUCUUUGAGAGGAUUACCUAACACCACAGCAGCAGGAUAAUAAGUGCAGCACAAGAGAUGACUGACCAUGCAGCAGUUUGGAACAAAUGACAGAAGAUUACACAUGCUGGGUUUUAGAUGAGAAGAUGCCAGCACUAGAAAAUGACCCUAAUUUGAUUACAUUUGAGAACUGAAAGAUGCUGUAGAUGGUUUUACCUCCAAUGGGUUCCUAAAGUUGCUCCAGCAGAAUCAGCAGCAGUGAUUUUACUUAAAGGAUCUCUUGGUGGAAGUCAGCGAGCGGGGGGCCAGGAUGUGGCCCCCUGACCUCGGGCCUCCAGAUGUCCAGCUGACUCUUCCUGGUUUUGGAAGUGUGUUUGAGGAUGCCGAGGACCUUCAGGCGCCACUGUCUACUGGUGGCUUCUGUCAGUCCUCGAUACAUUCAGGUGGUCUGGGCGUGUGCUGUCUCCCAAGGACUUCCCUGUCCCUGUCCUCGCUGGGCCGGGACCUCACCUCCCUGCUCAGCUGUAAGACAGCUGGAUCCCACAUAGAAAAGACAAUGGAGGACUUUGCCACCACAGGGCACACCGAUCCUAAAAACAACACCCAGAGGUUCAGUUGUUACCCCCAGCCCUCCCUCCCUUUAUCAUAUAUGCUCACCAGCUGUGCCACAUCUCCUCCUUUUGGCUCUCCACCCUCCUCUCUUUCCUCUUCCUCCUCCUCCUCAUCUUUAUUUUUCCCCUCUUCCUUACCUCUUUCUGAUGCACCUGGUGGUAACAAGACUCCUCACCUACAACAAAAGAUACAAGAAGAGUAUCACCCAAUAAAACAAGAACCGUCAGAUGAUUUCUCGCCAUGUAAGAGGGAAGCGUUUCAAAUCAACAACCAGCAGGGGGAGCUGUUCCAUGUGAGCCAGCCCCUCCGAGGUCAGGACAGCACCCCGCUUCAUUUCCAGAGGCUUAACGGAGCCAUAGGCCAGGACCCCACAGUGGACCAACAGGACCAGCUGUGUCACUGGAUCGACUGCAGUGCCACUUACAGCAGCCAGGAGGAGCUGGUGAGGCACAUCGAGAAGGUGCACAUCGACCAGCGCAAAGGGGAAGAGUUUUCCUGUUUCUGGGCCAGCUGCGUUCGACGCCACAAACCCUUCAACGCUCGCUACAAGCUGCUCAUCCACAUGAGGGUCCACUCUGGAGAAAAACCCAAUAAAUGCAUGUUUGAAGGCUGCUCGAAGGCGUUCUCACGUCUGGAGAACCUGAAGAUCCACCUGAGGAGCCACACAGGAGAGAAGCCGUACAUCUGCCAGCACCCCGGCUGCCUCAAGGCCUUCAGCAACUCCAGCGACCGGGCCAAACACCAGCGCACACAUCUGGACACGAAGCCGUACGCCUGUCAGAUUCCAGGAUGCACCAAACGCUACACCGACCCCAGCUCCUUACGAAAGCACGUCAAGGCUCAUUCAGCCAAAGGCCUCCAGGAGAGGGAGGUCAAGGUUCAGGUGCACACAAUGCUGGAAUCGGACAUUUUGAGCGAUUGUCUGGCGAGGCAGCAUCUCCACCAAGGAAGCGGCUCACCUUUACGCAGCUUAGAUGACUUCACAGGUGUGUACGCAAACAGCAGCUCCGUCCACAACAGGGCACAUUCUGAGUUCCUCCCUCCGUCAGCAGACACCUGCUCCAGGUAUCGAGGCUUGGAGGGAAACUUUGAUGCCAACAGCCCAAUAUCUUCACUCACCAGCGCAGGGAGCAUGAGAGAAGGGAACAGACCCUCAGCGCUGUUUAUGUCCGCUGACGUCAGCCCGGCGAGCUCCUCGUCAGACAGAGUGGACGUCCAGCUGCAGGGUUACCACAAAACCUACAACCACCAACAAGCAUUCACACAGCAGCAAGGAUGUCUGUACGGAGAAGGAAAGGCGCUUCAACCAGGCAGCAAUGGAGGCUUCGAACCCGCCGGUUACUUCGCAAACCCCUCCGCCCCUCACUCUGCAGGGUUCGACUUGUUGCAGGACCUGCAGGGUCAGGCGGGGGGCUGUUACUCCAUGUCUCCCUGCUCAGACGACAGCUUCCUCUUCCAGGCAGGAGGCGUCGACCGCUGCCUCAACCAGAUUUACUCCAUCUACCUGGACUCAUGAUGGGCCUCCCAGAACCAAGAAAACUGAAUCGGCGAUGAAUUUGUCUUCCUGAGGACAAAAUGCAGCAUGUAUGAUGUGUGGCGGCAGACAAUCGCAACAACAACGUGCAGUUGGUUCAAGGCGGAAGUUGGCAGAAUUGUUCUGGUUCUAUGUCAGUGCGGCGGGAAUAGCAGUGAAUUCUUUAUUCAGAGAUGACCACAGCAUUUGUGAUCUGGAUGAGGAAGAGCUUUUAUUAGGUGGAUAGUGAGGUCGCUGGCUCUCUGUUGAAACACCAACAUGUGAUCUUAUAAUGUAGCGGUUCCCAACCUUAGGUCGAGUAAAUGCAUCUCUUGGGAUAACAUA